GGUUGGACGUUCAGAAGUGACAGAAUGCCUGUGGAGAAACCUACAACUCAGGUGCGCGGCGGAAACACGCUUGUACACAGCUAAAGUUAAGAAGUCUCAGUGAAGGUCUACCGGAGCUGCUUCAUUCAAUCUGGCAGCUGUUUACUUUAAGGCUUUCAAUGAAAGGCUGAAGUAAGCUGGACCUAAGGGAUAUGCUGGUGAAUGUGUAAAUCAAGAUUUACAGAGGGGUCUCUCCAUUGACCCUACAGUCACCUCCUCAAAGUGACCCCUAAAGAAUCUCAAAAGCUGAUACCAGGAGCCAUUGAGUGGCGGAGUGAAGUCCCACUGAGCAAUUAUCGGGAGCACAACUAUGUGUGUCCCUGAGGAUGUCCUUUCACACUGGUUGAUGGCACCAUGUCUUCACUCGUCUACAUUGUUCUUGAGCUCCUGAUUGCAGUUUUGGCUGUGGCGGGGAACGUUCUGGUGUGCUGGGCCGUCUGCCUUAAUAGUAACCUCCAGAGCAUCACCAACUUCUUCGUGGUGUCACUGGCCGUGGCGGACAUUGCUGUAGGUCUCCUGGCCAUUCCGUUCGCCGUCACCAUCAGCACGGGCUUCUGCAGCCAUUUUCAUGGGUGCCUCUUCAUUGCUUGCUUCGUGCUGGUCCUCACACAGAGCUCCAUCUUCAGUUUGUUGGCCAUCGCCGUGGAUCGGUACAUCGCCAUCAAGAUCCCAUUGAGGUACAACAGCCUCGUCACAGGCCAAAGAGCCAAAGGCAUCAUUGCGGUAUGCUGGAUACUUUCAGUGGUCAUCGGCUUGACCCCCAUGUUAGGCUGGAACAGACGGGUCUUCAUGGGAACCAACAGUACUUGUCCUCAAGGUAUGACAGAGUGCCUGUUCGAGAAGGUGGUCACCAUGGAUUACAUGGUUUACUUCAACUUUUUCGGUUGCGUCUUGAUGCCGCUUAUUGUCAUGCUCGCCAUCUAUGCAUGGAUCUUCAUGGCUGCCCGUCGCCAGCUCAGACAGAUGGAGCAGAAACUUGUACACUUGCAAGGCUACGCCCACAGGGAGGGAUCCUCCUCCCGGUCCAUGCUGCAAAGAGAAGUACACGCAGCCAAAUCACUGGCAAUCAUCGUGGGCCUCUUUGCUGUUUGUUGGCUCCCUUUGCACAUCAUUAACUGCUUCACACUAUUCUGCCCACUGUGUGAUCGACCUCAGGCCUGGGUCAUGUACCUGGCCAUAAUCCUUUCACAUGCUAAUUCAGCAGUUAACCCGUUUAUAUACGCCUACCGAAUACGUGACUUCAGACACACCUUCCGAAGGAUCAUCCGACAGCACUUCCUGUGGCAUGAAAACAGACUGUCAAUUGGUAACAGAAACAGAGGCAUGGGUGCUUCUUCUGCUCCGAUUAGCGUGAUUGAGACUUCUUGUACAGUGUCCAAUGGCUAUGUAUUGGAUGCCAAUCCCAUUCCUGGCAUGGUUUCCUGUGACAAAUUUACAAAGCAAAUGGCAUCAAAAACCAGGCCUCAAACGGAAUUCCAAGACUUGGGAUACAGUUUAAAUGGAACUUUGGAAAAUUCCUUUCCCACCAGUUCAACACAGGUUUUCUCAUUACAUACCAGGGAGGAAGUUCCCUCCAUCAGGGACCAUGUAGAAAUCAUGACUGUAAAAGACUGCAGUGCUAUUACUAAUGUACAUGUCAGAUGUCUGUUACCCAUAAGGACAAGCAACUCAUCCGAUCUUGCAGAAGUGUCAUGACACACACUUCCAUUAUGCUACAGGAGUUAUUCCUCUGAAAAUACCCGAACGACGCUUGUUUCAUUCUUCAUGAGUAAUCCCUGAUCUGAAUUGUUGUGCUAGUGAGGGUGACUUCACUUACAGUACUAUCAAGGGUUAGGAAAGAUAAAACUAUGUGAGAAUCACAUAACUUGUGUGGGAACCCGCACCAUACAAAUUCCAGGAAUUCCUACUUGUCUUUGCAGUCAGACACUCCUGAUGGUGUUUCCAGAUUUUCAGAUUUCAUGAAGAACUUGUUCGCUGACAUUGUAGAGUGUUUUCAAAAUGUAUAUGUUUCCAAUGAGCUUUAUUAAAAGAGCAUUGUUUCCUGGUCAAAGAUUUGUACUACAAGAUUUGAGAAUU